UUCGAAUAUGGAUAUUCAUAACAGGUGUAAUGGUUUAAAUUGAAUUAGUCUAAAAUGGAUUUGAAUACAAAUGACACCGAUUUUGACGAUUUGUCAUUAUUCGAGGUGGAAAGAAGCGUAAGUAUACCCAUUUAUUCCCCACAUAUGCCCACACAAUCCCGGAAAAACCAUUUCCAGAUAGACUAUUCGACCACACCUUUCAUCAACAACAUAUGGGUAUCGAAAGAUUGCACGGAAAUCAUACUGAAGACAUCCGCAGUCUUGCCGGUGGUGAUCUUCGGGGUGUUCGGCAACGUCAUGGUCAUCUACAUACUGUGGAAAAACGUGAAAAUUCGCACCCCAACUAACCUGCUCAUCGGCCACAUGGCCGUAGCCGAUUCCCUGUCGCUGCUCACCCAUCCCUGGGUCACCCUCACCUACGAUUUCUUCCAAAAUUACCAGCUCGGGGUGGUGGGUUGCAAGGGAGAAGGAGCUGCAGAAUGUUCCAUUCUCAUAGCAAGCGUGAUCAGUAUGUCAGCCAUCACGUAUGACCGUUUGACUGCCAUAGUGCUGCCGAAAGAGACCAGAAUAACUAAAAAGGGGGCCAAGACGAUUAUGGUGGUUACUUGGAUAAUUGGACUGUUGUUAUCCGUUCCCAUAUAUUUAAACAGGCAAUACAGGGAGAGGCAAUGGAAGGAUUUUUUGGAGAAAUACUGCACGGAAAACGUGGUUUUUCUUAACAUCUACUGGUAUGUUAUCAUAACAGUGAUGGUUUAUCUGCCGUUGAUUAUCCAGAUUAUUUGCUAUAUCACGAUAUUCCUUAAGCUGGACAAAUACGAAAAAAUAGCCCUGAAAAAACUGGGCCAGCACAUAAACUACAAGAAAAAAGCGGCCAUUAUGAUGUUCAUUGUUACCAUCGUAUUCAUGGUCUGCAGGCUCCCAUUCACAGCCUUUAUUAUAUACAGGCAUCAAUUAAUAAAAGGCAAAAAACUCGGCGGUUCCAUGGACGUAACAUACCAAGUAAACCAAGUGUAUUAUGUGCUUUGGUUCGUUUCCAAGUACUUGAUUUUCAUCAAUUCCGCCAUCAACCCGUUAAUAUACGGGGUGACCAACGAACAAUUCCUUCGAGCUUUCAAAGCGACGAAAGUAGCCAGGUUGAUAUGCAGGAUGAACCCCAACAGAGCCAUCCCCAAGGAAUCCAAGAAAAUCAAAUCGGACACGACCAACAGAAACGGGAUUUUCUACAUUUUCAAGAAGAAUAAACGCCACCUGCAGGAAGAAAACACCAAAAAGACUUUCAUCAACACUCAUUUAUAAUUUAUAUUGAUGUAUUUAAAAUUGGAUGAAAUGAGUGAAAAUAAAGACGACGAUGAAAAAAUCAAAA